AUGCGCCUGAUUUCAGUCUCCCUCGCAACGUCUACUGCGAUCUUAACACGUGACACGAACUCUUCGAGGACACGUGACUCCACCGUGACGAGCGCCAGCCUCCCGGCCAUCUUGCGUUCCUCUGUCGCCAUUCACAACGACGUCGUUGUCAAACGGCUACUAAGAGCACGCGAAAAUAUCACGGCCGAUGAAGAGAGAAUGCCAUAUAAAGCAUCCUCGGUUGAUGGAGUGAUGCAUAGUUUGACCCUUAGCCUGAUGAAAAAAUUUCCUGAGGUGGUGUACCCAAGCAAUCUUUCAAAAGCAGCCGAGAAAGCGUUGCGGAAAUUCGAUCGACAUGCCAUCCAGUACGAAUACAUGAAACGAUACGAAGACGUUAAAAGAGCGGCGCUCGAAAUGAAAAUGGAUACUCUGUACGCGCAUGAACGACCACCUGUGUUAUUUGACAUGGAGCGUUAUCGAGAUUCCUAUCAUGACCAUCUGAGGGAAGUAUUCUGGACAUCGGACGAGGUACAAAAGCAGCUAAAAGAUUCAGAGCUACAUCCAAGUCUUGUCUUCGAGAUGAUGAUCAAUGAUGACGUGCGACCAGUUGUGGGCGUUCAUUCACGAAGAUCUUUCGUAACCGCGGACCUGGAAUAUCUGAAUGCGUAUAUCGGGCAAUAUAACGCGGCGAAGCGAGGUAAACGCCUUACGUUGCACGAGACUCUGAAAAGUUGUCUUGGUGAAGGGGUCGAACUCGCAUCGUUCUUGUCAAUUGCGAAGCAGAACAGUCAUAAUGCGGCCCAUGUGCGGGUGGAACAACUACGGUUGUUUGCAAAAUGGGUAAAGCAAAAUAAGACCUUCGACCAAGUUGCGAAUAUGAUGGAGAUUCCAGGACAGUGGGAGGACACUAAAGCGAGCCCAUUCCUGGAUACUCUGAUCGGAUACGUUGCGGUAUUCGCCCACACGCGCCCUGAGAAAUUAAAAGACAUUAUCUCGUGUCUGGUGAAAAAGUUUGGCUACCUGUACGUCGCAAUGUUUAUUGAAGAAGGGAAGAAGUCGAACGUAGGUGUUUUCUCCGAACUGGAGAUAACGCUCUUUCACCACUGGACAACCGAUGGCAUCAAUCCCAUGAAUUUCGAGCAAGCGGUUUUCUUCACGGAAAGUACUGUUGGUGAGGAAGACAAGGGAUCGAUUCUUGACCGUUUCUCUCAGCGUUGUUUUAGUGGUAGGCCGAGUCAUCGUAUGUUGCCUUUAAACUAG